UAUGUUUCGGUAUUUUAAUCGAAUGCCUCUUUAAGAGUCUUUCUUAUUUAUCCGUGUUUAUCUCGCUACUUUAAAUUAUAAUACAUGAAUUUUUUUAUGAAAAAAUUCAGUUGAGUGUAGUCAUCAAAUCUAUGAAUGUUUAUACAUCGAAUCCAUCUAAAUGCAAAAUCAACAACCUGAGACAGACGAUGCAAACAAGGAUAAAAAAAUGCUUCCCCGAAUAUGUCAUUUGUUCCGUUUAAAAUAUGUGCUACUUGGAUUGUUUGUUAUAUUUCUAUUGGAUUUUUUCGGUGCAUUCACCCAUAUGUUCGAGAAGGAUUUCCAUGCAUCUUUCGAUUAUCCAUUGAACGAUCCAAAUAUACCGCAUUAUGCAAAGCAAUUGAGAAAAGCACAGAAACCCGAUCUCAAACCAACAAAUCUAUAUAAUUAUACGUAUUUAUCGAAUUGCCGGCAAAAAUGUCGCGAUGAAGGUGAUUCACUAAUAGUCCCUAGACUCGUUAUUAUUGUUAAAUCUGCAAUGAAUCAUUUUAGUCGUCGCAAUGCGAUUCGUCAAAGUUGGGGCUUUGAAAAGCGUUUUUAUGAUGUAACAAUUCGAACCGUAUUCACACUUGGCAUCACAAAACAUGAGACGUUAGAGGAUGAAAAUUUACAAACAGCUAUUGAUAAAGAACGUGAGCAAUAUGAUGACAUUAUUCAAGCCGAUUUUAUUGAUUCGUAUUUUAAUAAUACAAUAAAAACAAUGAUGGGAUUGAGAUGGGCCAUUGAAUAUUGUCCACGUAGUCGUUUCUUUAUGUUUGUUGACGAUGACUUUUAUAUUUCAACCAAAAAUGUGCUACGAUUUUUACGCAAUCCUGUUAAUUAUCCUGAAUAUUUGGAAGAUGCCGAUGAAACGUUACGCAAAUUAGCCAGACGCCUAAGUCAGUCAGAUAUGUUGAUGAAAAAUCAAUCAUUGGCAGAUAAUAAAAAAGAAUUGAUCGAAAUUCAAGACGUUAUUGAUAAAAAUGCAAUACAUACGAUCGAUGGAAAAAAUCAUAUGAAUAAAAUCAAAGAAUACUUAGCCAAAGCAGAGACGCUAACACAAAACGACCGAAAAGGUAGACAAUUACUUGACACAGAAUUACCAUAUGAUGUGAGGUUAUUUGCUGGAUAUGUAUUUUCAUCGAAUCCGCAUCGACACAAGUCCAGCAAAUGGUAUGUAUCACUUGAUGAAUAUAAAUGGCAUAAAUGGCCAACAUAUGUGACAGCCGGUUCAUUCAUACUAUCACGAGAGGCGCUGAUCGAAAUUUACUAUACCAGCAUGUACACGAAACACUUUCGAUUCGAUGAUAUUUACUUAGGUAUUGUUGCAUUAAAAGCAAAUAUUGAACCAUUGCAUUCAGAGGAAUUUUACUUUUACAAAGCAAAUUACAUUGGACCACAAAGUUACCGAUAUGUUAUUGCCACCCAUGGCUACGAUGAUCCUAAUGAGAUGCUUCGCGUAUGGACGGAAUUAAAAGCAUCGGGUCAUGCAUAAUAUAUUCACAUUAAUUUUAUCACGAAAUCAUACACCGUAGAUAUACAUCAUGAUAAAAUCUGUGAUUGAUUUUUUUUUUUUUUUUGAUAUUCAUUCCAUAUUCAUUCAUUCAUUUCAUAAAAAAAAUCGACUGAUAAAAAACGAUUCUAUUUCAUGCCUUUUUUAAUAUCAUUAAUUAUUCCAGUACUCAUUAAAUGCAGUUACUGUCAUGUAACCAAAUUGCUUUUUUACUAUUUAAUUAAAACAUAAAACAGUUAAGUUUUAACUGACAUUUA